AUGGUUGUACAUACUACUGAUCGUUUGUCUAAAUUGCGAGCUCUCAUGAAGGAGUGUGAAUACUCUUUUUAUGUGGUUCCUUCUGAAGAUUCUCAUGCUUCAGAAUACACCUCCGAGUCAGAAUCCAGAAGAGCUUUCAUCAGUGGCUUUGAUGGGUCCGCUGGAUGUGCUGUUAUUGGAUUAAACUCCGCAGCUCUUUUUACCGAUGGCCGUUAUUUUAACCAAGCUUCUCAACAACUGGAUGAAAAUUGGACUUUGAUGAAACAGGGAUUUGCUAAUGUUCCUACUUGGCAAGCAUAUUGUGCUCAGCAAAGCAAAGUCACCGAGAAAAUUGGUAUAGACUCUAGCCUCAUUACCUUCCCUGAUGCUAGAAAAUUACGUGAAAUGCUUUAUGUGCAAAAAGGCUCAUACUUAUGUGGUGAUCAUACAAAUUUGGUUGACCAAGUUUGGGGUGAAUCUCGUCCCAAGCCUCCUUGUGAAAAGCUCUUUAUUCAAGAACUCAAAUAUGCAGGAAUGGAUGUUUCGGAAAAGCUUAAGAUUUUGCGGGAGGCUAUGAACAAGGAAGGUCUUGAAGCAUUUGUUGUGUCUAUGCUUGAUGAAGUUGCCUGGCUUUACAAUCUCCGUGGAGCUGAUGUUCCUUAUAAUCCGGUCUUCUAUGCCUACUCUUUUAUCACCCAUGACAAAGCUUACUUUUACGUGGAUGAGGCCAAACUUACUCCUGAGGUCAACGCUCAUAUUAGUAAGUAUGCUGAGGUCCGACCCUAUUCUAGAAUUUUUAAGGAUGCGAACGAAUGUUAUUUAAGUCAUGUCGGUGUCUCAACUAAGACUUCUUGGUGUAUUGCUACUUCCUUUGGCGAAGCAACUGUUUACCCCAUCGUUAGCCCGAUCGCUCAUGCCAAGGGAAUUAAAAAUGACAUUGAGUUGAAGGGUAUGAAAGAUUGUCAUGUUCGAGAUGGUGCUGCUUUAGUCGAGUAUUUUGCAUGGCUUGAAGAGUUUCUUCAUUCCGAUGGUAAAAUCAAUGAAUAUGACGCAGCCACGAAGCUUGAAUCAUUCAGAAGAAAGAAUGAUCACUUCGUUAACUUAUCGUUCGAGACAAUUAGUUCCACUGGGUCGAACGGAGCUAUCAUUCAUUACUCGCCUCCUGCGACUGGAAGCGCUAUCAUUGACCCUUCAAAAAUUUAUCUCUGCGAUUCAGGUGCUCAAUAUAGAGAUGGAACCACUGAUGUAACUAGAACAUGGCAUUUCAGGGAACCUACUGAAUUUGAGCGUCAAUCAGCCACAUUGGUUUUGAAAGGAUACGUUGCAAUUAUAAAUAUAGUGUUCCCUAAAGGUACUACUGGCUUUCAGAUUGAUUCCUUGGCACGUCAGCAUCUUUGGCAAUGGGGAUUGGACUAUUUGCACGGUACUGGACACGGUGUAGGUAGUUUCCUUAAUGUUCACGAACUUCCUAUUGGUAUUGGUUCACGUGACGUUUUUAAUACCGUUGCCUUGCAACCAGGAAUGGUCACUAGUAAUGAGCCAGGAUUUUACGAAGACGGCCAUUUCGGAUUCCGAGUUGAAAAUUGUGUAUAUGUCACCAAAGCUAAUACCAAAUAUCAGUUUGCUGGUCGCGAAUACUACGCUUUGAGGGAUCUAACUUUGGCUCCCCAUUGUAAGAAGCUUAUUGAUCCCACUCUGCUUUGCAAAGAAGAAAUUGAGUAUAUUAACAGGUACCAUGCUCACGUCUAUGAUACGUUAAGUCCCUUAUUGUCAAGCUCAGCCAUUAAAUGGUUAGCAAAGGAAACUAGUCCUUUGUAA